AUUUAUUUGCUUUCCCUAGGAUAAUGUGAAUCGCUUACUACUCCUUUUCAUGGAUGACACUCCUCCUGAACAAGCAACAGAGCCAGCAUCUAAUUUAGUCCCAUUUCUGGAAAAGUUUGCUGAGCCUAAAAAUAAGAAUCCCUCGGUUCUGAAGCUGGAGUUGAAAGAAAUCAGAGAAGAGCAGGACCUUCUGUUCCGGUUCAUGAAUUUCCUAAAACAAGAGGGAGCUGUCCAUGUAUUACAGUUUUGCUUGACAGUGGAGGAAUUUAAUGACAGGAUUUUAAGGCCGGAGUUGUCUGAUGAGGAAAAGCUCUCUCUUCAUGAGGAAGUGAAGAAAAUCUAUCAAACCUAUUGCCUGGAAGAAAGCAUUGAUAAAAUCAGAUUUGACCCAUUUAUCGUGGAAGAAAUACAACGAAUUGCAGAAGGUCCUUACAAAGAAGUGGUAAAACUCCAAACGAUGCGUUGCCUGUUUGAAGCAUAUGAGCAUGUUCUAUCCCUUCUUGAGAAUGUUUUCACACCGAUGUUUUGUCACAGCGAUGAGGUAAACUUUUCACAAGGAUCAUAUUUGCUUUAA